AUGCGACCCAAACAGCAACUCACAGGUUCUCGUCUUGAGCGUCGCGGAAGGUUUUCCAGUGGCUUCUUGGCCACUUGUUCCAUCGUCUUUUCAGCAAUGGAUCGCUACACCAUCUUGAAGCGGGUGGGAGACGGAACGUAUGGCGAAGUGAUUCUUGCAACCAACAAGCAGACAGGAGAGAAGAUGGCUAUCAAAAGGAUGAAGCGGAAGUAUUAUUCGUGGGAUGAAUGCAUGUCUCUCAGAGAAGUGAAGUCGCUGCGAAAGCUGAGGCAUCCUAACAUCAUCAAGCUCAAAGAAGUUAUCCGAGAGAACGACUAUCUGCACCUUAUCUUUGAAUUCAUGGAGAAGAACAUGUAUGAAUGUAUGAAGGAUCGUACAAAGCCUUUCCCAGAAUCAACAGUGAGAAACUAUUCGUAUCAAGUCUUUCAGGGACUCGCGUUUAUGCAUAAACAAGGCUUCUUCCAUCGUGACAUGAAACCGGAAAACAUCAUGAUCACGGGCGACCUUGCAAAGAUUUGUGACUUUGGGUUGGCAAGAGAGAUUCGCUCGCGUCCUCCCUUCACGGAGUAUGUUUCCACUCGCUGGUACCGAGCGCCAGAGGUUCUCUUGCAGUCAACUUCAUACAACUACCCUGUUGACCUGUGGGCCAUGGGCUGCAUUAUGACGGGUGAAUCUCGAGAGGGGGCUAACGAGCGACUCAUCGCUGUCCUCGCAGAGCUCUACAUGCUCCGACCCUUGUUUCCUGGCAGCAGCGAAACAGACACCAUCAACAAGAUCUGCUCGGUACUUGGAACCCCUUCCAAGGAAACCUACGCCGAUGGGCUGAAGCUUGCAGCGAGUAUGAGAUUCAAGUUCCCGCAGUACGUGUCGGUUGACUUCGCUCGUCUCAUGCCCACGGCUUCCAAGGAAGGCAUCGACCUCAUCAGAGACACUCUCCUGUGGGAUCCCUCGAAGCGACCGAACGCGACUGCGUGUCUGCAGUAUGCCUACUUCCAGAACAUGUCCAGCCAACAGACCUCCUCCACAGAGCAAGUCAGUGCCAGGACGCCCAAUGUUGCGGAGCAGGCGACUGAGCCAGCGACGAGUAGAGGGAUUCAUUCGAAUCUAGCUCCGCAUACGGAUGUGCGAGUGGGUGGGCAAGGAGCGAACACGUAUGGGAACUACGAGUCCAAGAGGACCAAGGACAAGGACUCGGCGUCUGUCAAGAAUGGAACGAGCUCUGGCGUCUCGUCCGACAUGUCGGGAGAUUUGGCGUCAUCAGGGAGUCUCAAUCAGACAGGGUCGAAGAUUCGAUCCGCGCGCUACAUGCCCGGGAUCAACCCAGCUGAAGGCGCGGACUCGAGCAUUGCGAAGAUGCAUUUCGGCAUGCCAGAGAUGGGAGUGGGAGAAGCGAAAAGUCACUUCGGAAGCAAACCUCUCGACAACUUGGGCUUCGGUAUCUCUAAAGUGGACAGCGCCUUCGGCUCUAUUGCGCCGAAACAAGAUCACGUCUUUGGCUCCAUGCCUUCGAGACAAGAUCAGAACGGGAUCUCGAGCCUGUCCAAGAAUGAUGGUUUCGGAGUUGGAGCCUCCAAGGGGCUGUUCAACAACCCGGCUGGCAUGCACGUGCAUCGAAGUGACUUCGGGUUGAUGCCCAACGUCUCGUCAAACGUCGGCAAGAACGUCAACUCGCGACUCGGGCUGAACCUCGCGAACCCAUCGGGGGCUCUGGCCAGCAACAGAGGUGGUCUGCCUCUCAUCAGUAAGACGGGCAGCGCAGGGGCAGGGGCAGGAGCAGGGGCAGGAGCAGGAGCAGGCUUGAAUGCCAUGCCUGGGGCGCUUCGUAAUGCGGAGUUUGGAGUCCCGAGUGCCGCGGGAGCAGGGAUCAUGGGGUUCGGUCAUAACUUCCUCUCGCGGAACCAGGGAGGAGGGGGAAAUAAGCAGUACGACGCUUUCGGGCGGAGAAAAUACUGAAUGG